UCUAUCCACCGGAAAUUCUUGCUUGGACCGUAGGAAAUGAGUUAAUACACUGAUGUCUGUGUUGGCUGCCUAAUGCAGUGUCCAGGCUCGCAACAAGGAGUCUGUUCAUCUUGAGCGUUUUUAGUAGUUUUAUUUCUUUCUUAGCUUGUACAUAUGGUAAAGAACCACCAUGUUUGUUCUCCCGGAAAUUAUGGUGCUUUUAGCUAUGCUGUCCGUCAAAGCUUCGGGUUACUUUGUAAACAUAGAUGCACAUGCUGAAGAGUGCUUUUUUGAACGGGUUAACUCUGGCACCAAGAUGGGUCUCAUGUUUGAAGUAGCUGAAGGAGGUUUUCUUGAUAUUGAUGUGGAGAUUACAGGUCCAGAUGGAAAACAGCUUUACAAAGGAGACCGAGAAUCUAGUGGAAAGUAUUCCGUUGCUGCCCACAUGGAUGGCAUAUACAAGUUCUGCUUCAGCAAUAAGAUGUCCACCAUGACGCCCAAAAUCGUCAUGUUUACCAUUGACACUGGAGAGGCCCCCAAGGGUGAUGGCAUGGAGACAGAAGGUGGUGGUGACACAUGGGACGUUCAUCAAAACAAGUUGGAGGACAUGAUCAACGAGAUGGCAGUUUCCAUGACGGCGGUGAAGCACGAACAGGAGUACAUGGAGGUCAGGGAGAGGAUACACAGAGCAAUCAAUGACAACACAAACAGUCGUGUGGUUCUGUGGUCUUUCUUUGAAGCUCUUGUACUGGUAGCCAUGACCCUUGGACAGAUAUACUACCUGAAAAGAUUUUUCGAAGUACGAAGAGUUGUUUAAAGCAUGGAUUUUUUUUUCUUCACAUUUUAAGUCCAAAGCGAUUGUCAGUCACUGUCAACUACCUUGCAGCAAUGUUGGGAUUGAGCAACCAAGCAAGCAUGGACUCCUUAGAUGCUGAUACCAGUACUGUUGAGGAUUGAUUGAUUGCUGAUCUUCAAAGGUUUAUUACAUGCCACAAAUCCAAACGCCUAAAGACAGAAGGAUGGCGUUUUCUCUGUUAACUUGUUGACUGAGUGAACGUUGUGGUAGACUGAGAAUGAUGUUUGAUGAUGAAUUAAUUAUCCUUUAAAUUAAGUUAUAGUACAUUCAUUGUUUUGUUCAUUAAGUUAAUAUUCAGUUUGCACUAGAUGUGUUUUGGGGGGACUGACAAUGUACCAAUAAAUCUUUCUUAACAUC